CUAUUUUCUGGAGACGUAUAUACAUAUCUCUUGAAAUUCUAACCCUUUUGCUUUGCAUAGCAAAACAAGAAACCAAUCUAUAACAUGCCUGAAUACCGCAAGGGAGACUGCGUUCGCUAUAAGCCUGUUGGAGGCCCCGAGUCCAAGACCUCCGAGAGCGUCGGCAUUAUUCGUGAGGUCAGCACCCAGCCAACGAUGCUCACAGGCCGCAACGUUGAAGCGUCCUCUGACGAGCCGCGCUACGAGAUUGAGAACAGACACACCCACAAGAAGUCCGCUAUCAAAGAAGCUAACAUCCUUGGUCCCGCGGAGGAUUAGAAUGCCAGUGGGGUGGGACUUUGGAUUUGAAUGUUUCUUGUAUAUGUAUAUAUAAGCGUG